UGUGCGUAGAAGUGCUUUGCAGAUCGAUUGAGGGUGGGAAGGAAGCUGGCCGGGCGACGGGCGUAGUUUCUGGAGAUGAUCUGGUAUCUGACAGUAGUGGCGCGGCGUUAGCUGUUCUGGAUGCUCCAUUCCAACAGGCUGGAAUUUCGAGUGCUAGCAGUUUGCAGGGCGUAAUAGUCGCAGGAGAAGCGCCCGAGUCGGACGAGGAACGCGCGGAACCUGGUACUGUGAGCACCAUCAGUAGUGCUGCCAGUAUUUCUUCAGAAUCUUCGCAGACAGCAGAUGUGAAGGAAGGAUAUAAGGGAAAGAAAUCAGAAAGCAAAUACCGCUGAUUGCUGCAUAAAAAAUUGUGGUCAACUGCUAGAGCCUGCACCAUUCAUCUAUCCUAUAUAGGUUAAAAAUUGCCAGAUUUCAUUCUAAGAACAUCAACGAGAGAAACUUAUAAGGGGACUGCGGUCACGAGAUUGAUGGAACUCUGAAACCGUGCGGUCAGCCGACUCCGAUCAUGGUUUUACGUGUACGUGGUUAUCCUGUCGGAACACCGCCUCGAACUAGAGCACCGCUAGAUGAGAGCUGCAAUGGAACUGACCAUUGGAUGACUACUUUUAAUGUAUGGCACUUCCCAGUUUGGCAGUACUCUAGAAAAUGCGUUAAAGAAUGUCCUAUUUACAACUCUAUGCUCCGCGAUUCCAAAGGAGAACAUAAAAUUGUCUAUGAGCAACAGUUUUUUAUUCCUGUGUGCGAUGAAGGUGGUAGAGAACAACUGAUAAGGACUAAUCAGAAUGGUGAUAGUGAACAGGAAGAGAUUCUUAUAACAAAUAAUGGAUAUGUAGGACCUGGUGGGUAUGUAGUAGAUGAUAGGUUUGCAGGACCUUGUGAAUCUGACGGAGAAGAGGAAUACGUAUGGAUCGAAGUAUCUCUCGAGGAUGAUGAGGAACAUGGUUCUGUAGAAGCUGACGGAGCUGCAGAAGCUAGGGGCACUGCAAGAGCAGGGCAAGGUCGACCUAGUGGUGGUGCAGGUGGCACACUAGCGGGAACAAGUUCGAGAGGGUACAAGUCAGAAGGAAGAGGUGGAGGAGCAGGAACAGCAGCAGCACGUCAUCCACCAGAAGCCAACAGAUCCCCAAAAGUAGAACGUAGGGCAUCCUGCAUGCACAUAGCUACCCAUCCUCCUGUCGCUAACCAGUUUACAAAUGCUACAAGUUUACCAGAUGCGGCACUGUCCCAGUCAAAUACUUCUUCACCUGAAGAACUGCCAGAAGCUAAACCUAUUCCACUCGGUCCACAGCCAUCUACAGGAAAUAGACCACUGGCAGUAGUUGCCCCUGUGAAUGCCGAUUAUAAUCUCGCAGUGCCACAUGCAGGUCACCAUCGCUGUCAUCACCCUCGUCGCUGUCAUCGUCGUAACAGUGCAGUAGGCGAUGGUAAUUUGACAACCACUGAUAACUCACGUGGGAGAACUGAUGUCAAUGCCACUGCCACCAGGGACAACAGUCAGUGGAUUGAGAUAAUCACCAUCCGGGCAGCUAAGGAAGAAGUCGUAGGAAGCGUCAGUGGCCAGAGGGCCACAGUCUCCGGGAGCGCCAGUGGCCGGAGCGCCACAGUCCCCGGGAGCGCCAGUGGCCGGAGCGCCAGUGGCCAGAGCGCCACAGUCCCCGGGAGUGCCAGUGGCCGAAGCGUCAGUGGCCAGAGCGCCACAGUCCCCGGGAGCGCCAGUGGGCAGAGCACCACAGUCCCCAGGAGUGCCAGUGGCCAGAGCACCACAGUCCCCGGGAGCGCCAGUGGCCAGAGCACCACAGUCCCCGGGAGCGCCAGUGGCCCGAGCGCCACAGUCCCCGGGAGCGCCAGUGGCUCGAGCGCCACAGUCGCCGGGAGCGCCAGUGGCCGGAGCGCCAGUUGCCAGAGCGCCACAGUCUCCGGGAGCGCCAGUGGCCAGAGCACCACAGUCUCCGGGAGCGCCAGUGGCCCGAGCACCACAGUCCCCGGGAGCGCCAGUGGCCCGAGCACCACAGUCCCCGGGAGCGCCAGUGGCCUGAGCACCACAGUCCCCGGGAGCGCCAGUGGUCCGAGCACCACAGUCCCCGGGAGCGCCAGUGGCCCGAGCGCCACCAUCCCCGGGAGCGCCAGUGGGCCUAGUGCCACCAUUCCCAGAAACACCAAUGUCCCACAUGUCACCCUUGCUGGAAAUGCUAGUGGAGCAGGCACCAACACUGUCAUCAGAAAUGCAAAUCCGACCACUGUCAUCAGAAAAGCAAAUACGACAACGGUCAUCAGAAAAGCAAGUGGCACCACCGCUGGAAAUACAAGUGGCCAGAGUGCAGCCACUUCUGAAGACAGUAGCGCCGAAGACAGUAGCGCCGAAGACAGUAGCGCCGAAGACAGUAGCGCCGAAGACAGUAGCGCCGAAGACAGUAGCACCGAAGACAGUAGCGCCGAAGACGGUAGCGCCGAAGACGGUAGCGCCGAAGACGGUAGCGCCGAAGACGGUAGUGCCGAAGACGGUAGCACCGAAGACGGUAGCGCCGAAGACGGUAGCGCCGAAGACGGUAGCGCCGAAGACGACAGUAGCGCUGAAGACAGUAGCGCUGAAGACAGUAGCACUGAAGAGGGUAAGGGACAAAUUGUUCUUUGCCCACAAUGUUUUAAUUUAGAGACAUUUAACAAAUAUUUUUAUUUUAUUGGUCCUGGCACUGUUACACUUCGACCUGGCAAAAGAAUGAUUGAGGUAGACGACACUAAAGGGUCCAAGUGCAAAAGAGGAAACAAGAGAGGUGACAAUUCCAAACGUAGCAAUGUCACUCCCACUAACACUAGUUACAAGAAACGCCAGGUUAUCUAUACCAGCGUCAUUGUUUCUCCUAAGGGGGAAUCUUCCAAACGGGAGUCCAUUUCCUGUGAGAGAAAUAAAAGGGGUAAUUUAUGUCUUGAGGAUAGGGUUGCAAAACGCAAGAAGUUGUAAUCCACUGCAUUUUUCAUUUUGACUAUAUGGAAAAUAAAAGCAUUGAAUACAAUUAGUUUGUAUUAAUCUAUCUAGAGAAUAAGUGAUUGAAUGUGCUCACA